AUGCCGCGCCUCUAUCACCUCUCGUCAUGCGCCAUCUUAUUGGUGGCAAUUGCCACGUAUUGUGAUGCAACAAAGUCACAGAUUCGAAUGCCCGGAGUCGUUCCAGAGGCCGACUCCUACUUGUGUACCUCACUUGAAUUGAGUGACCAAGAGAACUAUCUGACCGGAUUCAAAGCUCUGACCACCAAAGGAACCGCCCAUCAUAUCCUUUUAUUCGGAUGUGAGGAACCAGGAAGUGAAGAGCUUGUUUGGGAUUGUGGAGAAAUGAAUAAGCCAGAUGAUGAGCUUCCGCGUGCACCAACUUGUGGAAGCAAACCUGCGAUUCUCUAUGCCUGGGCUCUGGAUGCACCACCACUUGAGCUGCCAAAAGACGUCGGAUUCCAAGUCGGGGGUUUGAGUAAUAUCCGUCACUUGGUCAUGCAGGUCCACUACAUGCACUCGAAACAAGAACCAGAUGAGACAGGUCUCGAAAUCACUCACACCGAAGAACCCCAACCAAAACUUGCUGCUACAAUGCUCUUGGUCACCGGAGGAACUCUUCCAAAGAACAAAACCGAGUCAUUCGAAACCGCCUGUGUCAUUGAGGAGGACGUUGUGAUGCAUCCAUUUGCUUACCGUACUCAUACUCAUCGUCAUGGAAAAGAAGUCAGUGGAUGGUUGGUUAAGGAAGAUGAGAAACAAGAGGAUCAUUGGGAAUUGAUUGGAAAGAGAGAUCCACAACUUCCACAAAUGUUCGUUCCAGUCGAAGAUUCGUCGAUGACAAUUCAGCAAGGAGAUAUGGUAACUGCCAGAUGUGUCAUGAAUAACAAUGAAAAUCACGACAUUUCAAUGGGAGCAACUGGAGAGGAUGAGAUGUGUAACUUCUACAUUAUGUACUGGACUGAUGGAGAUGUUAUGCAUGACAACACCUGUUAUUCUCCUGGUGCACCAGAUUACCGUUGGACUCGAGAAGCCGAUUUGAAUCAUAUUCCAAAAUAA